GAUCUCCGGCAGACAUUCCAAUGGUGACUGGGUCGCUAAUCAAACACGAAUAACAUCCAGGUAUGACAUAUCGCCUGCAGGCGAAAAGUGGGAUGGAAUGCCUGAACCGCAAGGCCGACCCCACUUUUGAGCAUGCAGAAAGAAGAGAGGGGAAGGAGUUCGCCACGGGGGAUGUUCAUUUUUCAAGAGGAAUCUGCUCUAUUCUUUUCACUGAGUGUGUCAAGUGGAAAUUAUCGUGAAAUGUAUCAUCCAAAAUGAACGCUCUCCUAGAGACUCAUCCCUCGACGCUGUCGUUCUACCUCAACGGGACGGCUAUAAGCCUGGAGAACGCGAACCCGCACUGGACGCUGCUCGACUUUAUACGCUCGCAGCAUGGACUGAAAGGCACGAAGCUGGGCUGUGGAGAGGGCGGGUGUGGUGCGUGUACGGUGGUUUUGCAGACAAGGGAUGCGGGCAGGGGGAUUAGGCAUUUGGCUGUGAAUGCGUGCUUGUACCCGCUUGUUGGAGUGGUAGGAAAGCAUAUCAUCACGAUCGAAGGACUCGGAAACGUCGACAAUCCGCAUCCGUUGCAGGAGAGACUGGGCAAGCUGCAUGGGUCACAAUGUGGCUUCUGCACCCCCGGAAUCGUAAUGUCGCUCUACGCCGUCAUCCGAAACGCCUACGACCCUUCUACCGACACAUUCGUGCUCUCGGAAGACGAGAUCGAAAUGAAAGGGCACCUUGAUGGAAACCUGUGUCGAUGCACCGGGUAUAAGCCGAUCCUGCAGGCCGCGAAGACGUUUGUACAAGAGGACUUAGGAGGGAGGGUGAAUUACACAGCGAAGAGUGCAUCCUCGCAGCUCGACAAAGAAGUGACCGCUGGCCUUGAAGCGGCCACUCUUAAAGAGGAGAGGAAGUCCAGCACCUCAUGUGGACGACCAGGGGGGUGUUGUCGCGACUCGCCUUCUUCGCCGUGUUCCAGCAGCUCCGGGACUAAGACAGACGAGAGUCGAGCUGAAGAGACGGAUUUCUCCAGUCUAGAGUCUGGUCCGGGGUCGCGGAAAUCGUCGAUCCCGCAGUUUGAGUUCAUCCCAUACAUGCCAAAGACAGAGCUGAUAUAUCCUCCUGGCCUGUCGAAGUUCACUCCCUCGAUGCUGGCCUAUGGGACGGAAGAGAAGGUAUGGGUGAGGCCGGUGACGAUCCAGCAAACACUCCAGAUCCUAUCCCAGUACCCAUCUGCUCGAUUAGUCGGCGGAGCAAGUGAGGUGCAAGUGGAUAUCCGCUUCAAAGGGACUGAGUUCCCUUUGUCGAUAUUCGUCGGGGACGUCGAGGAGCUGGCAAAGAUUUCAACCACGACGAAAGACUCAGUUGUCACGGAGCUGGUUGUCGGUGGCAAUGCAAGCCUGAGUGACAUCGAGGCGGAAUGUCACCGACUUACACCCUCACUUGGGGAACGUGCAUCAGUCCUUGAGGCUAUCGCUAAGGUGUUGCGCUAUUUCGCUGGAAGACAGAUCCGCAAUGCAGCGAGUCUAGCAGGAAACAUUGCUACUGCGUCCCCAAUCUCUGACAUGAAUCCAGUCCUACUGGCCACAAACGCCACCGUCAUCGCGCGAACUGUCGACAGCGAACAAGCGCUCCCAAUGAAGAACAUGUUCCUCGGAUACCGCAAGACAUCACUCCCAGCCAGCAGCGUCAUCACAGAGAUCCGAAUCCCGCUGCCUCCACCAGGUGUCAAAGAAUUAACAAAGUCAUACAAGCAAGCCAAGCGUAAGGACGACGACAUCGCCAUCGUAACAGGCGCAUUCCGCGUACGUCUGGACGACAACUUCCACGUCACCGACGCCGCACUGGCAUUCGGCGGAAUGGCACCGACCACGGUUCUCGCCAACCGCGCAAGUCAGUCUUUGAUCGGCAAGAAAUGGGGCGACGAGAAGGUUCUGGACCAAGCACUCGACGCUUUAUCUGCAGAUUUCAACCUCCCCUACAGCGUCCCCGGCGGAAUGGCGACCUACCGACGCACCCUAACUCUCAGCCUCUUCUUCCGAUUCUGGCACGAAGCCAUCUCCGACUUCCAUCUUGGCACUCCAGAGAGCAUAGACGAGAUCCACAGAAAGGUCUCAUCGGGGACCCGCGACGACUUUAACCCCUACGAGCAAAGCGUCGUCGGCAAGCAGCUCCCGCAUCUAUCAGGCCUUAAGCACACAACUGGCGAGGCCGAAUACAUCGACGACAUGCCGCCGCAGAGCCGAGAGAUGUUUGGUGCCAUGGUGCUAUCUCAGCGUGCCCAUGCGAAGGUCGUCUCCGUGGACUGGACCCCUGCUAUCGGUCCUGGUCUCGCAGCAGGAUAUAUUGACAAACACAGCAUUCCCGCGAACAAGAACAGAUGGGGCUCUGUGGUUCGCGACGAGCCUUUCUUCGCGGAAGAUGAGGUGUUUUCGCAUGGUCAGCCUAUUGGCAUGGUCUAUGCCGAGACGGCAUUGCAGGCGCAGGCUGCUGCACGGGCUGUCAAGGUGGUGUACGAGGAUCUUCCGGCGAUAUUGACGAUUGAUGAGGCCAUUAAGGCGAAGAGCUUCUUCAAGCAUGGGAAGGAGCUGAGGAAGGGAGCUCUGCCGGAGCAGAUGGAUGGUGUGUUUGCGAAGUGUGAUCGUGUAUUCACGGGGACGACAAGAAUUGGGGGCCAAGAGCAUUUCUAUCUCGAGACGAAUGCGGCGAUGGUGAUUCCUCAUGUCGAGGACGGGUCGAUGGAGGUUUGGUCGUCCACGCAGAAUACAUUGGAAACCCAAGAAUUUGUUUCGCAUGUCACCGGCACUCCCUCCCAUCGCAUCAACGCCCGCGUCAAGCGUAUGGGCGGUGCAUUCGGCGGCAAAGAAUCGCGCAGUGUCCAACUCGCCUGUCUCCUGGCCAUCGCAGCCAAAAAAGCCCGUCGACCCAUGCGCGCCAUGCUAAACCGCGACGAAGACAUGAUGACAUCCGGCCAGCGCCAUCCCAUCCAAUGUCGCUGGAAGGUCGGCGUCACCAACGAGGGCCGCCUCAUGGCUCUAUCCGCCGACUGCUACAACAACGCAGGCUACUCGCUCGACAUGAGCGGCGCGGUAAUGGACCGCUGCUGCACACAUCUCGACAACUGCUACCAUAUCCCCAACGUGCACAUCCGCGCCUGGGUGUGCAAGACAAACACGCACAGCAACACGGCAUUCCGCGGCUUCGGUGGCCCCCAGGCGAUGUUCAUCGCGGAGAGCUACAUGUCCGCCAUCGCCGAAGGUCUCUCCAUCGACAUCGACGAUCUACGCCGCAUAAACCUCUACCAACCGGGGCAGCGCACGCCCUUCCUCCAAACCAUCGACACCGACUGGCACGUCCCCAUCCUGCUGGACCAAGUCCGAGCCGAAUCGGACUACGACAACCGCAAAGCCUCCAUCGCCAAGUUCAACGCCAGCCACAAACACCGCAAGCGUGGAAUCAGCCUGAUCCCCACGAAAUUCGGCAUCUCCUUCGCCACAGCCAUACAUCUCAACCAGGCUACGGCCUCUGUGCGAAUCUACACCGACGGCUCGAUCCUCCUGCACCACGGUGGCACCGAGAUGGGACAGGGCCUCUUCACCAAGGUCGCCCAAGUAGCGGCGCAGGCUCUGCAAGUCCCGUUCGAAACCAUCUACACACCGGACACCUCUUCCUAUCAAUCAGCAAACGCCUCGCCGACCGCCGCCUCCUCGGGCAGCGACCUCAACGGCAUGGCAGUGCAGCACGCCUGCGACCAGCUGAACGAGCGUCUGGCGCCGUACAGGGAGAAAUUCGGCAAAGACGCAGACAUGCACACGCUGGCUCAUGCGGCGUACCUGGACCGCGUCAACCUCUCCGCUACGGGGUUCUGGAAAAUGCCAACGAUCGGAUAUGAAUGGGGGAAUUACAAUCCCGAGACGGUCAAGCCGAUGUAUUUCUACUUCACUCAGGGAGUCGCAUGCACCGAAGUCGAACUCGACCUCCUAACAGGCGACCACACGGUCCUGUACACACGCAUAAAAAUGGACGUCGGCCGCUCCAUCAACCCUGCGAUCGACUACGGCCAAGUGGAAGGCGCCUUCGUACAAGGCCAGGGGCUCUUCACGAUGGAAGAAUCCCUCUGGACGGGCGCCGGGCAACUCGCGACCCGAGGACCAGGGAACUACAAAAUCCCUGGAUUUAGCGACAUACCGCAGGAGUUCCACGUGAGCUUUCUGCGGGAUGUGGAGUGGAAGAACCUUCGAUCGAUUCAGUCGAGUAAGGGUAUUGGAGAGCCGCCGCUUUUCCUGGGCUCGACAGUGUUGUUUGCGUUGAGGGAUGCGUUGAAGGCCGCGAGGGGGAUGAAUGGGGUGGUUGAGCCGUUGGUGUUGGAUAGUCCGGCGACGAGCGAGAGGUUGAGGUUGGCGGUUGGGGAUGGGUUGUUGGGGAAGGCGAGGGUCAUGAGGAGGGAGGGGGAGAAGGGGUUUUUCGUUACGGUUGCUUAG